UCUCUAGUUGGAGUGCAAUUUCUUUUUAUACCUGAUACUUUCACUGUGCUUCCCUGCUAGGAGGCAGAUCAUUUGACUUAAGCUAAUUAAACGCAUGAACGACACAGCCAGCUAUCUGUGUUUAAGGAAGAGAUUUGGGUCCGAAAUAGGGCACUAAGCUUUUCAGCCUAUAUACCUAGUCAGCAUGCCGCAGUAUCUCUGGGUGCUUAGUCGCCUCCUGAGGAAUCAACUGUGAAACCGAAGCAGAAGUGGCAGCCCCUGCAAAUGUGGAGCUUGUUUCAUUAGAGAGAACGCUCGCUAAUAAUGGCCUGUGAGACCCCGGUUUCCUUGGUUUCCAUGACAGCUAUUAGAAUUAAGCUUUGGAAAUCAAGGCUAUGAGCUAUUCCACAGAUGGACUACAAAGGAGGAGUGAAGAAUUAAGGCAUCCAAUCUGGUGUUGGCCACCUGCAGCAUCUACAUUAUGCCCCUGCAACAAAUCUCUGUAGUCCCUGCACAGGAGACCACUGGCAAUGGGCGAAGUUCAGUGGGAAGGAAUAAAGAAAAGAGAAAGGAAGGAGAGGCUAAGAGUCCAACAACAGGUACUACACCAAGAAGCCAUUCUCAAUCAUCAGUAUGUCCAUCAGCUCAGGAUAUUUGUAGAAUCUGUCAUUGCGAGGGAGAUGAAGAGAAUCCUCUCAUUACUCCAUGUCUAUGCACUGGUACUCUGAGAUUUAUACACCAGGCAUGCCUACAUCAGUGGAUCAAAAGCUCAGACACGCGAUGCUGUGAACUUUGCAAGUAUGAUUUUGUAAUGGAAACCAAGCUCAAACCACUAAGAAAGUGGGAAAAACUGCAGUUGACCAAAAGUGAAAGAAGAAAGAUUGUGUGCUCGGUAACAUUUCACAUAAUUGCUUUAACGUGUGUAGUGUGGUCACUGUAUGUGCUCAUAGAUCGCACGGCAGAAGAAAUCAAGCAAGGCAGUGACAAUGGUGUCCUUGAACGGCCUUUUUGGACAAAAUUAAUGGUUGUGGCUAUUGGAUUUAUGGGAGGCUUGAUCUUCAUGUAUGUUCAGUGCAAAGUCUACAUUCAGUUGUGGAGAAGACUUAAAGCUUACAACAGGGUUAUUUUUGUCCAGAACUGCCCUAACACAUCGAAAAAGUUAGAAGAAAACAACUAUACAAGUAACCAGAACACAAACCCCAAGGAGUCUGUAGCUGUUCCUGUUUUACAGACAUCAACGUUCGUGCAGUCAUGCUCUGCUGCAGGGACAACUGAGAGUAUGGCUGUGUGAUCAGUAGAGUAACAUGGUUCAUUUCACUUAAAAAUAGGUGCACAAGUGCUGUAUAUUAAGUUGUUUUGUUUCCCAGCUGACAUGCUACACAAACGUGAGCGUUAACACUCCACGUACGAGAGCACUGAAAAGGCUUUAAUCUUGUAAUUAAUGUUAUUCAGUGUUCUUAAGCAAGAAUAAGAGCUCUUGGUGUGGAUAUCACAGGUAUCAAAAUAAACCUUAAAAAGGUCUGUUUUGCAACUGUUGUAUUAGUCAUCAUGUUAUUGAACAAAGCAACGAUAUACAAAUGGUAGAAAGCAGAUAUCAUACAUGUAAUAUGCAAAGAAAAAACAAAAACUGAAUUGACUGCUUCAUAUCAAAGGUGAAUGACAAUUACAAGAGGUGUACAGUGUAUAUAGCUGAUGUGUCCAGCAUUAAAAGUAAAUGUGCCUCACAACAACAUUACUUUAUCCCAUAGUCUUAACCCUCCCCCACUGCUCUUACCCAGCAGCCAGAACGCCGAUGCCCCUUCUGUUGGAUGUGACAAAAAUGAUGAUGAAGAACUGAAUGUGUUGUUGUAAUACAAUGCCUUGCUGCAAUGAACAAGAAUGAGAGGAGAGCAUAAUUAUGGAUGACUUCCAUUACAGAACUCUUAACAAGAACAAUGCUAAAGGAACAGACUGGCACAUGAUCAGCUUUUCAUUGAACCAAUGAAAUAGCCCUCAAAUUAGUACAUUUCUUAUAAGUCUUUUAUAAUUAAUGAUGUAGGAAGAACAUUCUAGUGCAAUGUAAAGCAUGUGGAAUUUUUUCUUGAAUGAAAUAUGUUUUGCACAGUCUUUUCACAAUUUUGUAUAAAUAAAAAAGUCUGACCA